GGGCCCUCUUGGGUCCUGGGUGGACCCCUCGCACUUGCCUUGGGGGCCUCUUCCGCCGUCUUGGCCACCGCCUUCGUCGACUGCCCUCCUCGCCCCUCUCCUGCGCAAGCUCCGUAGCCGUUUCGGCUGGAGCCGCCUCUGGCCCGAGCAGCCCGUGCGCCGCCCGGAGGAGAGCGGCCGCGGCCGCGGCCAUGGCCCGGCCGCCGCGGGCGGUCGCCGCGCUGUUGCUGCUGCCGCUGCUGCUCGCCCUCCUGGCCGCCCUUUGCCUGGCGGCCCUCCUCGUGCGGCCUGCGCCCACCGGCGCAGAGGGCCUGCUGCCGGCCGCGAGGAGGUUGAUGGACGAGGCCGCGGCCUGGGCGGAGGGCGAGGAGCUCAGCAAGUGGGCCCACCGCGUCCUCAAGGGCGGGAAGUCUCCUGUAGGGCUCGUAGGCGAUGACCGCCCGGAGUGGAAGACGCCGCUGAAGCGGGGGAACCCCAGUUUGCCGCGCAUGGUCAGGCAGGGCGCGAAUCGAGUGAAAUUCGAGAGGAAUGUGAAUUUGGACGAUCUCAUGAUACAGUACUUGGAUGUGGCCGGCGGGGCAGGUAGGGGUGAAGGUGGACCGAGGAUUUUUUGCAGCGUCUGGACAUACGAUAAGAACCACGAUGGCUUGGCCAAGGCCGUGUGGGAGACUUGGGCGCAGCGAUGCGAUGGAUACGUCGCCUACAGCAACGUCGAAGACCUCCGCAUCGGAGCUAUCAACAUGACGGUGACUGGCCCGCGCGCCAAUAACGGUAAGGAAAACAUGAUUAAGAAGGCCAGGCUGGUUUGGCAGCACAUGUACAGACAUUACUUGCUUGAUUAUGACUAUUUCUACCAGGCUGGCGACGAUGCCUAUCUGAUCGUGGACAAUUUGCGCGCUUUGUUGCGAGAGCCGCAGUGGGCAGACCCGAACGCUGAGGGCGUGCCUCUGUACCUCGGCAGGCCCAUGGCCCACGAUGUUAACCUCGGUGUCAUGAACAUAGGCGGGCCUGGGGUCGUGCUGAAUCGCAGGGCCUUGCACCUGCUUGGUAGUCGGUUCGAUCUCGGGCAUUGCGGUCUAGGAAUGGCUGGCUGGAGCGAGGACGUGGAAACGACCAAAUGCUUCAAGCAGCUUGGAGUCAUUCCCCAGGACACCCGCGACACAUUGAACCGAGAGUUGUUCCACCCAUUUACUCCCUCGACUCACGCUGGUAUGAACAUGACACACGUCCAGAUGAUUGAGCACGGCUGGUACACCAGAGGAUCUUACAGCCUCCAGGACGGUUUCGAUUGUUGCUCGCCGCACUCUGUGUCUUUUCAUUAUUGUCCCGCCGAUCUCAUUUACAAGCUGGACGAGGGUUUGUACGGCAAGAGUGUGAGUGGCAGGCUUGCGCAACCAUGAGCGUGCGAACCUCGGUCUGUUUUCGCUCGGGAGCCAGGCCAUUCCCAUGUCGGGAAGGGACCGCGUGUUCAUCCAAACAUUUCGUGAACCCCUCUCGGUCGUUACGAAGGCCCAAGAGUUUCGCAGGAUCGUCCCAAGACGGUCGGA